GAGCUUUCUGUUUCUUUUUUUUUGUCUCUUUCUGUACCUGAUGCAUUAUUUGUCAGCACCUGAGAUGAGCAAGCGCAAUCAAAAAUGAUGUUAGAUCUAUUGCUUUUCCUGGAAAAGGGUAAGGCAUGCCGUACAUGCAAGUCAUUUAUGCAGCAUUACUUUCUAAGCGUGUUAUGGUUCUCUGUCGCUUGUUUGGAUUUAGUUGCAGGUCUACAUACCCUUACAGGACCCAGUGAAGUGAAGCAAUGUGCAGGCAGAUCCGUUCACAUCGUCUGCCACUAUCAUUCCUUUUACCGGGACAAUGUCAAAUACUGGUGUAAAGGCUACUAUUUUAAUUACUGCACGAUUCUCAUACGGACAAGUCAGUCUCAGAACAUCUACGGACCCCUGCAGAUAACUGAUAAUAAAAGCAAUGGGUUUUUCACCAUCCACAUGAAGAAUGUUAAAGCAGAGGAUAGCGGAUGGUACUGGUGUGCGAUCGAAAGAGUCAGUCGUCACAGAAGCGUAUCGAUGCAGUUAUUCAUAUCUGCAGAAGCACAGCAUUGCUCUAUACCGCUUGAGCCAACACACAACAUACGAGAGACGACAAUUCGACCACCGACGAGCGCUUUAACAACUUUCAGAACAACCACGAUAACAUCAACCUAUUUAACAACGCUGAAAACCACAGAUCUGACAGAAAUGAAGCACGAAACACUGCCCGAAGAGAUUUACGUCACUGAGCAUUUUGCCCAAAAAAUAUGGAACGUCGCACGGUGGAUCCUCUUUAUAUCAAUGUGUCUCUACCUUACCUGUUUCAUUGCAUGCUUUGAAAUAUGGUUCAGAAGACGGUAAACCAGAGACUCUAAGCUUUUACUCUGUGCAUUUCUUUUAUUUCAUGACAGAUAUUUGGAUGUUUCCUUAGGUUACUUUUUUUUUAAAAAAAAAUGAAAGUUAAUAAUAAAAGUUCUAUUCACCAUCACACUUGGCCAA